AUGCCGCAGUGGCUGGUCAUUGGAAUCUCGGGCGUCACCUGUGGCGGCAAGACGACGCUGGCCCACAGCCUGCAUGACUACUUCAAGGGCCUGAGUGGAGCACCGCUGUGGAACUCGCCCUACACCAUUGGAGAGGUGAGACUGCUGUCGCAGGAUGACUACUUCCUUCCAGUGGACGAUAAGCGGCAUCAGCGGAACGAAGUGCUGAACGCGAUCAACUUUGAGCUAAUCACCUCGCUGGACAUGCCCAAGAUGCUGAACGACAUUGGGCACAUCAUCAAGGGCAGACAGGUGGCGCCGGAGCCUCAGGAGCAGCUGGUGACUGCGGCGGUUUUCGAGCACUACGCCCAGCAGUUCCAGCAGCAGUACCACUACAACGCCAACUACUACAAGCCAGGGAAUCCGGCAGUAGGUCCCUACCACUAUCCUUCUCAGCACCAGCAGCAGCGCCACCACAGCCAUCACCAUUCCCAGCAGCUCCACCAGCAGCAGUUGCAGCAACAGCAGCAACACCUCAUGCGCAUCAACGCCCAGAUAGCCGCCCAGCUGCGGGACAAGAAGAUCAACUUCCUCCUGGUCGAGGGCUUCAUGAUCUUCAACCAGCCGGAGCUGCUGGCGCUGUGCAACCUCAAGUACCACUUCCAUCUGCCCUACGAGAAGUGUUUUGAGCGGCGCAGCAAGCGGACCUAUGAUCCCCCCGAUGUCACCGGAUACUUUGAGCUUUGCGUCUGGCCGCACUACGAAAGGAACUUCCGCGAGUACCGAGACUGCAAGGACAUCACGUUCCUCAACGGCGAGAUAGCCAAGGACAAGAUCUUCAAGUUCGUCCUCCAGCGCAUUGUCCACUACUUCGAGGAGCGAUGCGACGUACCGGCAGCCGCACCCUCCGCAUGCCCGCCGCAACAGAAGCGCUUCGGGAUGCUCUACGUUGGCCCCACCAAUAACAACAUAAUGCCCACGAUCUGCCCGAUGGAGCAGUAGAUAUCCUCUUUUGUACAAUUGAAUAUUGUAUGUAUAAUAAUCUUGAACUCCCAAACGGUUGGGAAUUGUUAGGAUUAGUUGUCCCGCUUAGGAGGAGUUAGGAUAAGGAGUAUUCUUAAGUGGAGCCUAGGGUGGUUCGAUUUUUGACGUAGAAUCGUAUACUGUAGAUGAAUAAUAGUAUUCCCAUUUAAUUACCCAUUGAAAUUAAUAAAAAAACCAAUAAACGUUUAUACUUUGUACUAGAAAGUCGACCCACCCUAGAUUACAUAUAUAGAUUGUACAAUUUUCAUUAGUUAGACUUUAUUUCGUCUUACGAUAGUAGUUAUUAUGGGUGACAUGGUCUCUCUUGUGGAGAAUGCUGUUGUAACCAGAUUGUGAAAUGAAGAAACCCGGUUCAGGAAUUCGUAUUUUA